UCCAUUUGGCUUUUCCACAUUGUAUAUUGUUCCCCUAGAAUUACCAUUCAUCACGUAUCACCCCCACCUGCCGCCACUGGCCCAUUAGGCGCAGAAUUUUCAGCAUCUGAACGCUGCACGUUACUCCACGCUUUCAGUCGAAUUUCCACCGGCCACGUCUUCUCAUCUGCUUUCCGACGUCCCUGCAGCAAUAGCGUCCUGACGCUUCGCGAGCGAGCGCGUUCUAUACCUCCGUCUUUUUCGCGCCCACCGAUCGCGAGACCUUUGUUCAGGCGCACUCCAGAGUUCAGUGUACUCUUCGAAGGGGUGACUCACGUCGAAAAGGGUGGCUAAUGACGAAUGGACGUGUUCGUUAGGCGCAUACACAUGCAACUAGAUGCAUCUGUAUGAUAUCCAGGACUCCCAUCUGGUCUUGAUAGGAUGAAAGGAAUAUUGAAAAACAUGCAUCUUUAAAACUCCCAUAUCCAUUAUUCUUCGAUACCCUACUCAAUUUCAAUAUCCCAUCAGACAAAUGGAGCCUGACCAGCAUAAGUGGCAGGAUAAGCUCCUAGGCGAGCGGCUAAUGAGGUGCUCGAAUAGCUGCGAUGUCGAUUUCCCGCUAACCGAAACGUCGAAAGCUCUGGAGAAGGCGGACGUUGUCGGUUUGUAUUUUUCCUUCGCGAAUAUCAAUUCCAAAAGUGAUGAACUGACGUGCCAGAUGCUCGAUUUGUACAGUAAAUUGAACGGAGAAGAUGGAAAUGAUGGGAAGAGGAUGGAGGUAGUGCAAGUGGUGUUGUGGGUAAACAACGACGUAUACAGUGGCUUCGAAGCCAAUCACAGAGAAUGUCUGAUCGGGUUGCCCUGGUUUGCAUUGCCGUUCGACGAGGUCGAGCUCAAGGCUAGGCUAUCACGAAGGUACAGAAUCAAAUCGGGAGUUCCCACACUGGUACUAUUAGACAAAGACGGUUCUACUAUAAGUAUAUCUGCUCAGGAUAAAUUAUUAGAGGAUCCACAUGGUCUGAAUUUUCCUUGGAGACCUAGACCCGUUGAACAGGUUCUCAAGGAUGUUACACUUUUACCCGGAGGAAUAUUCUUCAGCGAGCACCAAAACACCGAAGGAAAUAUUUUUUAUAGGGAUAUACCAGACGGCAUAAAAGGUUUCUACUUUUCUGCCAAUUGGUGUCCACCUUGCAGAGCAUUUACUCCGCAGCUUGUCGAUAUGUAUAAGCUGGUGAGGAAAAAGGAACCCAACUUCGAGAUAAUUUUCGUCAGUAGUGAUAGGAGUCCUGAAUCUUUCUCUACUUGUGUAGGAUAUAUGCCGUGGUUAGCUGUUCCAUUUCAACAAUCUGCAGUUAGGGCAGAACUGGCCCAACUUUAUGGCAUUAGAGGAAUCCCCACUCUUCUGUUAUUAGAUAGUAAUGGACACGUUAUAACAAUGGACGCCAGAACUGAAUUAGCUGAAGAUCCACUGGCACAGAAUUUUCCAUGGAAGCCAAGAGCUGUUAACGUGUUAACAGAACGAUAUGCGGCCAAAUUGCAAGAUUUUCCUGCUAUUAUACUCUUCGUAGAUGGUGAAGAAACUGAGCUUCAUUUCGCCGAAUCUGUCCUAACACCAGCCGCCGAUGGUUAUUACAAGAAGCACAAUAUCAAUUUCACCGCCCUACAUGAGGAUUUCCUCCUCUGUGUAAAGAACGAGAACUAUCUACAGUUUUUAAUAGGCCUAGACAGCGAAACAAGUGACAUUGUCCGUGAUUUAGUUGGUCUGGACGAUGUAGUACCUCUGCUGGUAGGCAUAGACAUACCAAAUAGGAGAUUUGCAGUGAUGGAAUACGGCGUCGAGCUUACGGUGGAUAGCUGUACGGAUUUUGUUGAGAAAUUCAAAACUGGCAAUGUGAAAUUUAUUGAUAUCAAUAAGAGAAUGUCACAAAAGAAUGAUGAAAACUGAUGGAUUUUUAUCUAAGUUUAUUGAGAAUAUCAUAUUUUGAAAAAGCAAUAAUGUCUCUGUGUAAUUUUUAGAAACUUGAAAUAUUUAUAUCAUUAAAUAAAAUUGAUAAUGUGUAUAAUUUCUCCUUUCAAAUGAACUAGCAAUAAAAUUUUAUUAUUUUGAGUGGUACCUACGUUUGCAAAUAAAGUUAUAUAUCGAUGGUAGGUAUUCUUCUAAAAGGGAAAUGGAAAUGUAUUCAAAUGUUUGUGUAUUCAUUUUUCUGAACAUUCCUUGGCAUUUUUCUUUCAUUUACUGUAGAAGUAG